AUGGCUAAUCUUCUAGGCUCUCUAUUGUUAUUGCUUACAUGCACACAAACGCUAUGUCUCGCCUACACCCCCAAUCUCCGUGAGAUCUACAGAUUCCCAAACGGGACCUGGAUCGAGAACAUCGCAGUCCGGCCCAACGGCAACCUCCUCGUCGCAGACCUGAGCACAGCAGAGCUCUGGGAAAUUGACCCUUCAAUUCCAUCAGGCCCCAGCUCAGCCCAUCUAGUUCACCACUUCGAGGGCGCCGAAGACGCAGAUGGGAUUACGGAGCUUUCACCAGAUAUCUAUGCAGUCAUUGCAUCCAACUCAGUCUAUACAGUCGAUCUCAGAACCCACGAAAAUGCGCCCAAGUCAGUUUUGAUUGCGAAACUCCCCGCUGGUUAUUUGAACGGCAUUGCUGCUCUAGAUGAUGGGAACGCAGUCGCCAUAACCGACUCCCAACUCGGCCUUAUAUGGCGUCUCGAUAUCCGCACCGGAAAUUACAGCGUCAUCCACCAAGACGAGACAAUGGCCGCAAAUAAUGACAUGGGUUUAUUGCUCGGUGUCAACGGGUUGAAGAUAGUAAAAGAUUAUAUGUACUACACCAACAGCCCGAAGCGGAUUUUCUGUCGUGUUCGAAUCGAUAUACACACUGGGCAUGCUUUGGGGCCUUAUGAGAUUAUCAGCCACGAUACACGGGGCGAUGACUUUGCUAUUGGUCCGCGUGGGGUUGCGUAUCUGGCGGGUCUUAUUGAUAAUGUGGUUACUAAGGUCUUUCCUAAUGGGUCUCAUGAAAUUAUUGCGGGUUCGAAGAACUCGACGGAGUUGAUGACUGCUACCUCGGCGGCUUUUGGGAGGAGACGGGGGGAUCGCAAUGUUCUUUACAUUACUACUGGAGGGGAGACCAGGCUUCCGGUUAACAACACGAGUACCAGAGGGGGGAAGAUUAUGGCGCUUUCUGUGGAGUUCUAG